GUAACUGGAGGAUGUUGUUGCAGAAAUGACAAAGGAAAAUGCUUCUGUGUUGUAACUUGUUCCAUCAGUCUCCUGCAGUUCUCAGGUUUACCUCCCUGGGUUGGGUUUCUGAAGACAAUUGUUUUAUGCUACUAAGUAGAAAGCACUGAGAGGAAACAUAGCUUAAGAAAAAGUUAUACUUUUAUGUUAACUAUUAACCAGAUUCAAACAAGCUCAAGCACAUUUCAGGUGAGGGUAACUUGUUGGGCUGUUGAACAAGAAGGAACUCCAGAGUGAAGAAUAGGCAUGGGGAUACUCUAUUCAGAGCCCAUCUGCCAGGCAGCUUAUAACAACGAUUUCAACAAAGUUCAUUUCCUUUUGGAGAGCAACAGCAACUAUUUGAAUGUCCAGGACAGCUUCCUUGGAGACACCCCCUUAAUUUGUGCAUGUAGACAAGGAAACAACAGGAUAGUUAACUAUCUUCUUAGGAAACAUGCUGAUGUCAACCUCAGAAAUAAGAAGGACUGCACUUGCCUCCAUUAUGCUGUGAGGAAACGGUUCACCUUCCUUGACUAUGUGCUCAUCAUAAUCCUCAUGCCAGUUAUGCUUAUUGGAUACCUUCUCAUGGUCUCAAAGACAAAACAGAAUGAACAUCUGGUCAAGAUGUUGCUUAGAGCUGGAGUCGAUGUGAAUGCUACUGACUCUUCUGGCAGCACAGCCCUUCACUAUGCUUGUGAAAUGAAAAACCAGGCAGUCAUUCCUCUACUUCUUGAAGCCCAUGCAGACACUUCUGUAAAGAAUCGGGAUGGGGAGACUCCCUUAGAUAUAGCAAGAAGAUUACAGUUCCACAACAUUGAAAGCAUGAUAAGAAAAGAUUCUUAGCCAUCAAGAACUCUCAAACAUGCAGAAAAUUACCUCAUCUGGCAAUCCACCUUUCACAACAGCAGAAGUGCUGCAGAGGAUGCGGGCUGAUACUUGAUAAAGACUCAGUCCACCCAUUCCAUCCAAAGACUCACAUCCACCCAUUCCUUGCUGCAGACUUGGACAAUUUUGUGUGAGAUUUAUCAGUACUCCAAGGCCAUGAAGUUCAUUUUAUUUUACUAAGCCAUAAAUUACUACAAUAGUGUUCAAAAUAUUGCCCUUUCCAUCUGCUUCAUCAGUUUUAUUACUUGACUUCUGCAGACUGUGGAUUUUGAAAGGUGGCUAUAAAAUAUCUGGAAGCCUAAACAUUGCAUAUGACGGUUGGCAGCCAAUGCAAAAAUAAAAUAUCCUUUAGAGUGUGUGCUACUUGUUCCAUAGGGGAACUAAACAAUGUGCUACAGCAGUUUUAAAAGGUCUGGUACCCUUCUCUUAGUAUUUAUCUUCCUACAAUGGGAGGGGCUGGGAAAACAGAUAUCUCAGUUGAGCCCUUCCUCCUUCCAUCCAUCCUACAAUUUUCAAACACCUUAAUUCUCACUGUGUUUCUACAAGGGUAGGACUUGGGUUUCAUCUAAGAAACAGCAAAAAGAGAUUCAAUGCCUUGCUGGAUUAAGAAAGAAAGUAAAUUCCCAGAUCACUUUAAUGCAUUAAGAGAUAGUAAGGAAAAUAUGUUUGGCUCAGUAGAGAAACCGGUCUCUUAACUACCUUUCCAAUAUAAACAGUGUACUAAAGAAAAAAAAGAGUCAAUAAAUGAAAUGCUGUUGAUGGAAACCAGAUGUAUCAUUGCCAUGGGACUAGGCAGGAUAGCCUGCUGUACAGAGUGGUGCAUGCAGCAGGGGAUAAUACCAAUCAUAAUAAUAAUAUAUCCAUGAGUCUUCUCUUGCAUAAGUGAAGGCAGAAGAAAACCUGCAGUAAUAAGUAAUGUAUUAAAGUGGUCCAGUGCUUUGUGAUUUAAUAAUGCAGCAAUAAAGGGGAAACUCCUUUCAUACACUGCUGUGUUGUGCCUCCUUGGUCUAACAGAUCUUUAUUUUUGUUGACAAUUUUGGCCUUUUCCUGUAAGCUGUCAGAAGUGCAGUACAGCAUUGCUAAUGGGUGCCACAGUAGGUGUGUGACAAGCUAGUGUACUUUUCCUGAGUUGCAAAGACAGAUGUAUUUUACAGUGUAACCAUUGCAUUGGAUGUCAACUCCAACAACAAAGGGUCUUGGCUGGACAAGAUGAGCUUGAGGCUGCAGCCAGAAACACUCCAUGAAAUAAAGCUCCUUGCUGGAGCCUGUAAUAAUGAACAUUUUGUGUGCAGUCUGGGGACAGGCACUCCAGACCAGCUGGUAGGUGAGAAGAGGGGAGGCACUUGCAUGGAUUAUGAAGACACCAUCUCUUAGGGCUGAUGCUGUAAAGGGAAAACAUCCAACUGCUUGCAGUGUUUUAGGAACUGCUUGAAUGAAGAAUAGCCCAGACACAGAGCUGUGUAAAAGUGAAUGCUGACAGCUGAGAGUGCUGGCAACAGCUUCAUUGCCAGCGUGAAGAAUAAUUCAUAGGGUGGAAGCUAUAUAGCUUGGAAUGCACCUUGCUGGAUGGGUCUAUGUCUCCUUAUUCCACAGCUGCCAUCUGUGGUCUUUGAAAAUGUGAGGGGCUCAGGGUGUGUGAACAAACAUUUGUGUGAUUUGU